GUGGCAGCUCUCCGGGGUUCGUGAAAAGAAAAGACGCCAGAAAAUUGUUGUCACUGCUUAAACCGUGCAACUAGCUUAGUUUGUUUGUUGCGGCUGUCUCUAUUUAAUAUUCAGAGUGUUUUUAUCGUGAACUCAGCAGCUGUGAAGGCACAGAACUGUCAGGAUGGAUGUCAUCGCCAGCGCCCGUGAGUCCGAGCUGGCCGAGAAGAAGAUCUGUCGCUUCUGCUUGACUGGCGAGAAAAUAGCCUCUCUUUUUUCGGAAAAUCCCAGCGUCAAGUCAACUGCAUCGCUGCCCCUGCUGAUAAUGGCCCUCACGUCGACCGAGGUGAGCGCCGAUGAUAAAAUGCCCAGCUACAUUUGCCUCGACUGCCACUUGCUGUUCGAACACAGCUACCGCUUUAUGCAGAUGUGCAAGCGAGCUGAGACGGCGCUUCGGCAGUUUCCGCUGACAGGAACUCUGCCAGCACCGCUGGAAAAACCACGUCCUCCGACAAAGACUCAGACUCAGAUUCAGACUCCUGCCGGCGCCAAGAAGGAUGCCAAGGCCAGCGACGGACAGCCCAGGAAAUUGCUUAACAUCCUGGCCAAUUCGAAGACGGUGAUCAUUGAAGAUGUGCAGGUCUUGGAGACCAGCCUGUUGGCGAAAAAGCUGGCCGCAGCACCAGCAGCAGCACCUACCCGUUCCAAGUCCUAUCAGAUGAAGGUGGAGAACAACCAGGAGCUGUCCAUGGACGAUGUCCAGAACAUGAUGGAGGAUAUGGCCAACGAGCUGGACGAAGAAAUAUCGGCGGAGCCAGAACCAGUUGCAGCUCCAUCGCCACCAGUUCAGACGAAAUUGCCCAUGAAGCCGAAGGUUCUGAACAAGCCCUCCGUUCGGAUAUUGAAUAAGGGCGCUGCAGUGGCAGUGGAGCCUCAACUGGCCACGACCCAGAUCAAGCGUGGACGGGACGGCAAUGUGGCAAUUGUCACCGAAAUUAUAGGCCCAAAUACGGUGCCCCCCAGUGAGGAUGCCACCAAGGACGCCGCCCUCGUGGUGACCAAUGUCUUUCCCUGUCCCGACUGCGAGCGAUCCUUUCCCCUUUUGCAGCUGCUCGAAAUCCAUCGGCUGAACCAUACACGCGCCCGCAGCUUCCAGUGCAGCGACUGCAGCAAGGGCUUCUUCUCCAAGUACGAUCUGCAGAAGCACAGAUUCAUCCACACGGGCGAGAAGCCCUUCGCUUGCAGCGUCUGUGACAAGGCCUUCACACGGCGAGCCCUGCUCCAUCGGCACGAGAGCUCGCACACGGACCUGCCCAAAUUCAUUUGCGUGCACUGCGAGAAGCCGUUCCUGUCGCGUGAGGACAUGACGAAGCAUGCCGAGCGCCACACAAAGUCGCGCCCCUUCCGAUGCACCAUGUGCAGCAAGGCAUUCGCCUUCAAGCAGGGCCUGGAGCGGCACGAGGUUGUCCACAGCGUGAAUCUGCCCUUCCCCUGCGAGCACUGCCCCAGGAGCUUUGUCACUUCGAGCAAGCUAGCCCGUCACCUGGUGGCCCAUGCGGGAAAGCGAGCCUACCCCUGCAAGUACUGCUCCAAAUCGUACAUUCUCUCCCACCAUUUGUCCAGGCACCUGCGCAUGCACAAGCAGGACUCGGGUGCCUCGUUCGUCUGCAGCAUCUGCAAGGAGUCGCACCAGAGCUACGACAGUCUCAUCGAGCACUCGGUCCUCCACGCGAACAUGUCCCUAAAGUGUCCGCUGUGCAACGAAAAGAUCAGCGACAUCGCUGCGGUGGAGGGGCACAUGACCACGCACAAAGAGGGCGAGAGAUUUGCGUGCGAAUUCUGCGACUUGAUCUUCCUCAGCUCAGACCGCCUGCAGAAACACAUUGAGGAUGAGCAUGUGCUGGACAUGGACAUGUAUCAGAAUGAUGGGGACAGGGUUUCCAACGAGAGUGAUGCCGAGGCAGAGUUCAAAGUAAAUUCCGCUGAUCUCGACGAGGCAGAGCAGAAAUUCUUGCUGCAGGAACUGCUACGCGAUGAACAGCCAUCAUCGCCGCCGCCCCCAGUGAAGAAACGUAAAGUGGAUGCUCCAAAGGCGGCCACUCAACCUCUGGUGUUCACCAAGCGUACACGGCAGACACGGACUGCAGAUCUGGCCCAACCCGAGAGUUCGCAGAAAACCAGACAACAGGCAGCUGUGACGCGGAAGAGUCCUGCAGCUCCGCCCAAAAAGGGACGUUCGCUGAUCAAAAACGGGGAUUCAUCGACAAAUUCCAAGCAAUAAUUGUAAAUUAAUCAAUAGAUAUAUGCCUUAGACAUAACGUACUGAUUAAACGAGAUAUUUUUUUUUUUGUUAUCUCCCGA